AUGAUCCAGCUCAAACCAUCCACGCUCGCUCUUGCCCUUUCUCUGUUCGUUUCUUCCACCCUUGCAGAGGACGGAGAACUCUCCUCUACCCUUGUAGGCUGCGACGAGGUCUCAUGUCCCAAAGAAGGUAUCAAUGACCGCUGCACAGUGGAAGACAAUACCUUCCUUGGUAUCGGACUAUCCCGCAUCCCCGACGUUCCCUCGUCUCUUGAGGGUUUCUCCCUUGUGAAAGGUGUAAAUGUGUCUGCGGGGCUGGCUAGCAAUGACAAUGACAAGACCAUGCGUUCCUUCAAGUCGUUCUAUUACCUGGGCACACCCUCGGACGUAGAGACCAGGGACUUUUCCGGCUGUAUUGUCGUCUUCAACGAUGCUCCGUCUAAGAAAUUCAAUCGAAAUGGGAAUGAUGUCCGCGCUGCGAGCGGUGGCUGUUCCGAUGUGAUUGACAAGACAUGCAUCGAAAGGCUUACGGAGAAGGCAACGGAAUCAGCUGACGAGGCUGAUGGAAAUGUCUGUACAAGCCUCGAGCGAGAAUUAAAGAGUACCUCUCUCGAUGAAUGCAAUGGAUUCGCGGGUAAUGGUGGCAACCUUGGGAAUUUUACUGUUAAGUCACUUGGUGAUCUCAAUGUGGUUCAGAAUUCCUCAGACUGCUGGCCUAUUCAGCCCAAGUCUGAUCAGCUGAUGGAGAUUGCGAGUGUCACUGCUCUGAACGACAACACAGCAACGGCUCUCUACGAUGAGGCAUAUAAGAUUACGCCGGUCCUCACGGUCUUCACUGGAAAUGGCAACAGCAGUCUUGUGGACAAAGCGGCUUCUCAGCUGACAUGUCUGAAAGUUGUCACUGAAGAGGACCCCAGUGAUGACGAGGAUAGUAGUGAGAAUUCUGCGGUGGCUGUUAGGGUAAGCGGGUUUGCUGCUGGCACUGCAGUACUAGCUGGAAUUCUUGCAUUGCUGUAG